AAUCGCCGUGUCCUUGUCAUGCUAGCAAGUAGCUGCAACACCGCCAACUAAACUUCUCGGUGGCCAUUCAUCUCCUAGCAGUACAGGUGACGCCGCGGAGAAUCAACAACCUACUGACUGCCUCUCGGAAUACACCGCACUCAACGCCUCUGUAUUGCGGGGCCGUUGGAGACAUCAGCCUUCAGGUGAACAUACAUCCGUCACGAUUGUUGGGAGAAACAUGGCGGCCAAUCUAACAGCAGAGGCAGCUGAUGUGGCGUCGAGGCAGGUGCUGUUCGGCUGGGAGGACCACGCGGCGUUCGCACUCAUGCUGACGCUCUCGGUGGCCAUCGGCCUCUACUUCGGCAUCUGCGGCCGCGCCAGGAACACCGCCAAGGUGGACUACCUGCACGGCGGCAAGACGAUGAGGGUGCUCCCCGUCGCCAUCUCACAGAUCUCGAGUCACGUCUCUGGUACCACACUGAUGGGCGUUCCUUCUGAGAUCUACUUGUACGGCAGUGUCUACGCCUGGGUCUGCGUGACUAUCAUUCUCUUCUCCAUCAUCACCAACUAUAUCUUCCUCCCCGUCUUCUUCGAGUUGCAGCUUACAUCGACAUAUGAGUACUUGGAACGCCGCUUCAGCCGGACCAUCCGCGUCGUGGCGUCAGCGCUCUUCACAAUCGGCCUGGUGCUCCAUAUGCCGCUGUACGUCUACAUGCCAGCCAUCGCCCUAAGCCAAGUUUCCGGAGUUAAUGUCCACCUUAUCACUCCACUUGUCAGCGCAGUAUGCAUUUUCUACACAAUGCUGGGCGGCCUGAAGGCGGUGGUGUGGACGGACUUCCUGCAGAGCGGGAUCACACUGGCGGCCUUCAUAGCGGUGCUCGUGAUGGGACUGGUGGGCGCCGGCGGCUUCUCGGAGGUGUGGCGGGUGGCCAGCGAAGGCGGACGGGCAGACAUCCUCGAGAUGACUCCAGACCCAUUCGUACGAAGCUCCUUCUGGACCGUGGUGGUGGGCGCAACAGUUUCCUGUGUGGGCGGAAUUUCAAUCAACCAGGGGAUGGUGCAGAAGUUCCUGGCGCUGCCGAGCAUGUCGGCUGCUCGAAAGUCUCUGAUGGGAUUCACUUUCGGCUUGAUGCUCAUGAACGUCAUAAGCAUUUUCUGUGGCCUCCUGUUGUACGCUGCAUAUCACGACUGCGACCCAAUCGCGACUAAAGAGGUGUCUCGCCCAGACCAGCUGUUGCCCUUCUACGUCAUGAGUGUUGCUGGACACGUCCCAGGAUUGCCGGGGCUCUUCGUUGCUGGAAUAUUUGGAGCUGCCCUAAGUUCCAUGUCUGGUUGCCUUAACGCGCUAUCCGGGACCAUCUACGAGGACUUUUUGCUUCCUCUAAUGCCAGGGAAGAAGUCCGACGUCGUGGUGAACCUCAUCAUGCAGAGCAUCGUGCUUGUGGUGGGAGCUAUCACCAUAGCUUUGGUCUUCGUAGUAGAGAAGCUGGGCACCGUGCUUGAGCUGGGAUACAGUAUUGGUGGCGUGUCCAACGGCGCCCUGUUGGGUCUCUUCACGCUUGGCAUGCUGGUACCGUCAGCAAACACCAAGGGUGCUGCUGUUGGCAGCUUGUUGGGUAUGGCGGCUGUGGCAGUAAUUUUGUCAGGGGCGCAGCACGCCGUUGCCACGGGCCGCAUGAAGUAUCCCGCGCUACCCACCUCCGUCGAAGGCUGCGCGGCGAAUUUCACAUCUACCCUCGAAACAGUCGCUCAGACAGGUACUUCAAGCCCAGCAACAGACGACGUGCCGCUGUUGUUCCGGCUGUCGUACCUGUACUACACGCUGGUGGGCGCCGUUGUCAUGGUGACGGUGGGCUGGACGGUCAGCUGGCUGACGGGCCCUCUAAAGCCGGGGGACGUGGAGCCCUCGUUGUUGGCGCCGAUGGUCCGUCCUAAACAGCGGCGCCGGGAAAACGACGCCACCGACGCCGAGCCGGCAGUCCGUGUGGAGCUGCUGCAGCAGACGAAGCACCAGCCAGAGACGCAGGGGGCGGCCUAGAGGAACGACAAGGGGCGACGAUCUCACUCAUAAAUGCCUUCGUCUUCCAAAUGUUUCCCUGGCCUGUGGAUCUUAACAUUUCUCCAUUCUCAAAUGAUGGAAAUAAGUUUCAAAGAGGACAACUUUGCCACCCAUAACCAGGACACCCUCUAACAUUUCAUAAAAGUUUCAAGAUACUGGUACAACGUUGACGUGAGUUCCUCGAUCACCAGCAACGUGUGUAUACUGCACAAGUGAAGCAGGCCGUCGGUUUGCAUGUACACAGCUACACGUUGAGAGAAACUUGUGGAAUACUGGUGUAGUUUCCCAUCUAUUAAUAUGGUAAAUCAAUAUAAAUGGAACAAAAACUGUCCAAGUGCGAGUAGGACCCACACUCUGAGGGUUCUGUACGGAUUAUGUAUAUGGAUAGUUCAUCCAUCCUGGGACUCUAGAAUGUCCACAAUUAUUGCCUCUUGUAGGUGUCCACACUGGUACAUCAGUCCCAGGAAUUCCAAGGCUUUAGAGAAUGUUUCAAUAGUAACUUUAAAGUUCAAAUUUCUUGUGAUUAUUUCGCAUUUGCUACAGUAAUCUUUCAUUAAUUUCACUGAUUCUGGAAUCAUAUUACUGAAUACUGUUUGAAUUAGCUAAAUUAAAGUUUAAAGAUCA